AUGCCGGUUACAAUUUCACCUUCAUUACCUAGCAAAUACUCUGAAAGAGCAAAAUAUGUUGUAGGUGUAUGUGCUAUGGAUAGAAAAGCACGAUCAAAGCCUAUGCGAUAUAUUUUAAAUAGAUUACUAUCGCAUGGAGACUUUGAAAUAGUUAUCUUUGGAGAUAAAACUAUUAUAGAUGAAGAUGUCGAAAAUUGGCCUGGUUGUGAUUUUUAA